CUUAGGCAGAAUCAGUGGAAAACGCGAAACAAUUGAACAAUGUACGUGUAUAAUAAAAGAUAAUUGUCCACACACAUAUCACAUGAUUGAUUUUAGAUGUGAGCUGUAAAAGUAAACAUCAAGAAGUAGAAACUUUUCAUGGAUUUCUUAAAGGUUUUUACAGAUAUUAUAAAAUAAACUUUGUUUCUAUGCAAAUCUCAUUACAUACACAGAUCAUUACAUUGAUUGAUUUCAGUCAUUUUCUAUUUUAAUCCAAUUGAAUUAGAUUAUAAGUUAUUCCGCAUGUUCAUUACAGUAACUUCUGAAAGUUGCAUAAAAUUGUAAAAUUAUAGUUGCCCUCAUAACAUUCCUGAAUAUUUCAGAUUAUUUCGGCGAACAGUAUUCAAUUGAAAAGAUGUAUACACCAUGUUUCAUAUUGUAGUGAACAGAACACGGGUGGAGACAAUCGAAUGCAUUUAACACAAACUUACAGGACUUGUUAAUAAAAUCUAACAAUCAUAAUGUAAAUGCUUAAUUUACAAAAUGUCCACCAGUUGUCUCAUAGUGACUCAGACUUCAUCGUUCUUGCAUUUUCAUACAAAUUGCAUCUUGUUUCCAUUUUUUACUGUUCGAUCGUCUUGUCUCUUUGCUGCCAGACUUCUGUUCACAACUAACAUCAUAUACUACUUAUAUUAAUAUAAGUAGCACACACCACAAUAUCAUCCAGAUUCAACAAUUAAUCUCUUGUAUAUUAUCACUACCGAGAUGUAACCACAUCAUUUGAAAUGAAUGAAAUAGUAGGCUUAAAUAACAUGACAGUUUCAUGUUGGCGGUUAUUUGUUUGCAUAUAUUCAUCUUACUAUUCAGGAUUAUUUUAACUGAAGAGAGAGUCACUUACUUGUUGUAGAGUUGAUUCCUACUCAUUUGUAAUUGGUCAGAUAUUCAAUUGUCUACUUAUUAGAAUGUUUACGCAUGUUAUUGACAAGUAUCUUGCUAACAUAAAACGACAGUGAAGUUUAACUGCUCAUACAAGAACUCCAUCAUUGUUGCACACUAUAUCAUCGUUAUUGUAUCUUCUUAUAUCUUCGCAUUCACUUCCGCAAGUUUGACAGAAUACGCAGAAACUCAUCAAGUUCCUUUACUGUCGAAGGGUCCUUGGAGUUUUUUUCCGUUUAUAUUCUUUUACCAUUAAUUUAGACUAAAGUUCGAUAUUGUUUUUGCUAGAUGUCAUCUUAUUUAAUUAACAUGCCAAUGAAAUGAAUAACUAUUUCUUUUCAUUUAAAUCUUUUAGAAAUAGAAGAAUCAUGGGCAUUCACGAUACUUACAACAUGUAUGAUUUCUUAUUUUACAUGAUUAUCCAUAUGAUAUUAUAUACAAUCUCACUAUCGGAAACAUUCUAUUUACGACAUUUAUUCUUGUACAAUUAUCCUAUUCAUAAAGGUUGUGCAAAACUUUAAAGAGGAUAAUGAACUUGCUUUUAUGACAAUGCUCUAUUUGAAUUGAAGUCAACUUUACAGUUGAUUGUCAUGAUAAUAUAUGUUUCGUAUUGUGUUAUGAAAUUAAUUUUGUCUACUUUCUUUGUAUUUCAUCAAAACAAUAGAUGGUAAUUUUCCAAAUCUGGAGAAUCACCUCAAAGAACAAUUAAAGAUAUCAGAAAGUCAGUGAAAAUAUUCUUGAAUAUUUAGCUAUCUUAAUAAAAUAUCCGUUAUCAUUAGGUGUGCCAUUUUUCUUUCACUUUACUCAACUAUUCUCCAUCCAAAUGAACAAUUGAUUAGUGCACUGUAUCUUACACUUGUUGGUAGAAAAUGCUGACAAACACAUUCGUGGAAAAAAUACAGUUGUUCUCGAGUAGAAGCCUGCAUUUUGACGAAAUCCUCCCAUUUUCAAACAACGAGAAAUGCGCUUCACUCAUAUGAUUUUGAAAUGAUGGAGAAGAUUUGUAGCUCAGGUGGAUGAUGUUUGUGAUGGAGUUUUGUUCUCUGAGCUGGAUGGUUUAGUCGUGGAGCUUUCAUCGUUCUUCUGAAUGAAUAAACAAUCCAGAUCCGAGAACUAAACUCCAUCAUAAUAAAAUAUACAUUUUUUGUCGAUAACUCAUCUGUAAAUUAAAGAAAUAUAAAUAACAUCUCACCAUAGACAAAUUGGUAAUGAAUAAAUUAUAGAUAAACACUCCAGUGUCCAUAACUCAAAGACAAAUAGUAUUUAUUGUUUCCUUGCUCUCUUGUAAUCAUUCCCUUCAGUUCAAAUUCAUAGUGAACAGUAAUGAAAAAUCUCACAGAUAAUUACGGCGAUCACUUAUAUGAAUAUUUUAUCAUGAAAGUGUCUGGAUAAAUACAAACACAAUAAAACAACCGAUGUAUAGUCGAUUGAUUACAUAUGAUAUUAGGAAGUAUGGUUAACUAAUCAUUCAGAUCAAGGUUUGAGAUAGCAUUAAAUGGAAUCAUCGUUUAUACGGGAGCUCCAUUGAUAUAGCGAAAUGAUCACCACUAUGAUACUGGCUAAGAACGUUUGAGUUCAAUUCAUAAAACACAGCACUUAUACUGAUGUAUAAUACUUAGUCACAUUUGAUAGACAUUGAUGGACAGAUAAAUUUUGUCGGAUAGAUAGAUAGCUUUAAACAGGAUAGAACGAAUCAGAUCAUUGAACAAUGCUUCUAUGAAUCAAAAUAGCAUAACGAAUUCAACGUUUUAUUUAAAUCAACAUUACAAAGUGAAAUUAUCGACUUGGAACUGUGGUGUGAGUUACUUAUAUCUACAUAAGUAGUAUAUAACGAUGGUCAGAUAAAGAAUGUAUUUCAGUGUAAGGUCGAGAAGAAGAGCAAUUAGUAUGAAAAUGUAUGAACAAUGAAAUCUGAAACGAUGGACUGAUAUUUGCAAAAGAAACAAUCAAGUUUAAGACAAUUGAUUGAUAUUUUGCAAAUGAAGUAUUUACUAUUUGGUUGUCAGAUUUUAGUGAGAUGUUCUGUAAUCUUGUGCUCAAAUACGUUCGAUUGUCCCCACUUAUGUUCUUCUUCACUACAAAACCAAUAAUAUAGAAAACACUUAAUUGUUACAAUAAAUUUAAGAAAAUGAACCAUUCCUAUUUACACAGUCUUCUGUUUACACUUAGUUGUUGGCUGAGACUACUGAAAGAUUCAACUUAUUUUAUUUAUUUAUUUAACACAUAGAUAUUGGUACAAGGAAGCACCAAAUACAUAUGCGCCACACAAAUCUCAUUCGAUAUGUGUGAGGGCUGUGACACUGCCCGGGUGCCCAAACCGAAGCAGGUGGUUUUCUUAGGGGGCCACUCCCCGAGCCUUCGACCUGAAGGUCUGAUCCACAAGGCAGUGGAGCAUAGUAAGGAGAUGCAGUCCCAUGGAAGCCGGUGACCAACAAUUGGUUCAUACGCCAUUUGUUCUCGCAGGAUACUGGAGCCCAUGUGCACCAUUGGUUUGGAAUCCGGUUAAGGCGCUGGACAUUCGCUUUUCGUCCUCUCAUUUUCGUAAACAACACCCCCACCACGAUAAGGCAGUGAGUGGGACUUCCCUGGCAGAGGCUAUAUACACGUGGCCAUGUGAGAGCAUUUCGAGAGGGAGAGCGGACUCUUCCCACUUUCGGCCGUACCAGGGCACCUGAUAACGUUUCUAGUUCAAUCAAUAUUGUAAUGUUUUACAAGCAAAAUAAUAUUUUUGAUCAUUUAUGACAUCAGGGAUGUAUAUCUAGUCAGACAUUUGGUAACCAAGACGAAUUUUCACAGUUUUUAUCCGCUUUAAAUAUUGAUGUUCACUGGUCGCAUAGUUGAUCAAUUUUAAAAGCGUUGUCAAGUGAAGUAAUUUUUUUGUAAAAAAACAAUGUUAUUUACAGAUUUGAAGUCUGAUAACAAUGAAGAAAAGUGCAAUCAAUUUAAAACAUUCCCUGAAGAAGAUAUUAGGGAUCUAGAUGACUUGAUUGCUAAAAAAUACAUGAAUAUAAAGUCGUUUAAAAGGGAAUGUUUAUGUACGAAUUCGCUGCGAGAAAUGUUGAUGAAUAAUAUCUUUAGGAAAGAAAUUUGGUGGUUUUCUACGAUUUUAAACAAAAUCAUGUUUGAUAGUGUUCAUUACAUUGUAAUAAUCAUAUUAGUUUAGAAAUGUUUUUUUGUUGAGAUUAUUACAUAAUUGUAUUGACAUUUAAUUGGUUACUUUAUGAAUAAAGUUUAAAUUUAAAGAAAAAAAGUAGAUUAGUCUGAUAA